AUGCGAAUGAUUUCUAGGGUUUUAAAUGCCCAAAAUUGCUAUUCUAUAUUUGAAGAAUGUAGUAGAAUGCUUUUAAUAAUGUCAGUGAUAAGUUUUGGUGUUCUAGUGGCUUCAUAUGAGGAGAUUGUUAUUAACUGGAUUGGUUUGGUUUACCAAAUGGGAGGCGUUGUUGGGAAAGCUUUGAGGCUUAUAUUCAUGGAGAUUUUUGUUAAAAGGAAGGGUCUCAAACUAAACCCUAUUUCUGUCAUGUACUGCGUUAGUCCCUGCAGUGCUCUUUGCUUGUUCAUUCUGUGGAUUUUUCUAAAGAAGCCAAAGAUGGAUACCCAAGGGACAUGGAGCUUUCAACCUGUUAUCCUAACACUCAACUCUCUCUGUACUUUUGCACUCAAUCUAUCAGUUUUUCUUGUGAUCUCACAUACAAGUGCUUUGACAAUUCGUGUUGCUGGAGUUGUCAAGGAUUGGGUGGUUGUCUUAUACAUACUAUUAGCCCUUCUGUUUGCCGAUACAAUGCUGACAAUGAUAAAUGUGUUUGGUUAUGGCAUUGACAGAGCUAGAUGUCAUACCACAGAGAGAGAGAGAGCAGAGACAGAGAGUGAGAGUAGAGAGCAGAGGGAGAGCGAGAGCGACAGUGAGAGCCGAAGCAGAGCGAGAUCGAGAGCAAGUGAGUCUGAGAGCAGAGGGAGAUGGAGAGUGAGAGCUAGAGAGUUUGACAAAUGA